GAAGGAAGGAAGGAGGAAGGGGCAGGAGGGAGGGGCCUCCUCGAGCCCAGAAAAACGACAACGCGAGAAAAAUUAGUAUUUUUGCACUUCACAAAUUAAUGACCAUGAGUUCGUUUUUGAUAAACUCCAACUACAUCGAACCCAAGUUCCCUCCUUGCGAAGAAUACUCACAGCUCGGCGGCGGUGGCGGCGGCGAUGGGAACAACUACCAGCCACCACACUCCCACCAACACCCCCAACCCCAUCAUCCCCAGCAACAGCAAAAACUACAUCAGCUGCACCUGCGCCAGCCUCUUCCCGAUUUCUACCAGCGGCCGAGCAGAGAGCCGGGAUACCAGCCGCCGCAGACCCCCGAGGCUCGGUACCUCACUCAGCCGCCCCACUACCCCGAGUCCCCAUAUGACUACAACAACAGCCUCAGCGCCACUCAAGGGCAGGAGCAUUCAGCUCACGGAGCCUCGCCACCCCCCUCAGCGCCGCCGCCGCCGGCUUCAUCAGCUCCUGCCCCCAAGGGCCAUCAAGUGGCCUCCCAACUCUUGCUCCAGGGCCACGGCCCACAGCCUCAGCCCCAGCAGCGUGCUUGCGAAGCAGCUCUGGCAGCAACUUCCGUGGGGAGUCCCGGCUGCCCCCUCUUGCCCGAAAAGAGCACGCCCGGCCUCAAAGGGAAGGAGGCGCCGGUGGUGUACCCCUGGAUGAAGAAGAUCCACGUGAGCACGGUCAGCCCCAGCUGCAAUGGAGGGGAGCCAAAAAGAUCUCGGACUGCCUAUACAAGACAACAAGUCCUGGAGCUGGAGAAGGAGUUCCAUUUUAACCGCUAUCUGACUAGGAGGCGACGCAUUGAGAUCGCACACACACUCUGCCUGUCUGAGCGUCAGGUCAAGAUCUGGUUUCAGAAUAGGCGGAUGAAGUGGAAGAAGGAUCACAAAUUGCCUAACACCAAGAUGCGCUCCUCCAACAAUUCUGGUCUCCACCAGCCAGCCAAAGCUCCAGCCCAGCAUCACCCACCAACUCCUAGAAGCAGGGCCACUUUAAACUCAGCCUCACUAUGAUGGUCAGACUCACUUGGAGAAAGAGACACUCGUGGAAAGAGAUACCGCAAACCCUAAUAUUUCUCCAAUUCUUCCCUCUCCUUUUUUUUUUUUUUGGCCUGGGGACCAAGCAAUUGCACUGAGGGGUAGAAUAAAAAUUGGUGCUGAAAAAAGCACAUGCACCAUUCAAACCAAAAAGUAAAUAAGCUUUGGACAGUAUUGCUCCUUUGUAAAUAUAUCCUCAUCUUGCCCUCCAUGAUCUUUUUUUUUUUUUAAUUUAUGGGAGUUGUGGAUGGACCAAAUGUUUAAAAACCACUGUUUGUAUAAACGUUUUGAAGCAACAUAGUAUUGAUAAGUGACUUUGUGUGUAAAUCCUAGACUUGUGUUGUUCUGUGGAAUGUUUGUUCCUGCACCCUUGGAAGAUGCAGAAGUAAACUGGUCUGAUUUCACUAAAGUCAUUUGGAAAUUGAGGGAGGGGGGUAACAUUCAGCAACCAUACUGUCUCAUCCCUAACUGGCUGAAGAAAAUGUUUUCCAUGUACCAAGAGUAAUAUUUUUUUGAAGUGUAGUUCUUUCUCUAGUUGUGGUAGUAGUCUCCCUGAUGUUCCAUUUAUUAUUUUUAAGAAAAAUGAACCAAUGUUGCUCUAAAAGCUCAGCCUAUACUCAUGUCGUAUCACAGUCCACAUCUAUGAACAAUAUGUGAAUUCUAUAUGUACACAUUUGUGAAAGUGUGUUGUGUGUGUAUGUAUGUAUAUCAGCGUAUAUAUAAAUAUAUAUAUAUAUGUAUAUAUAAAUAUAAUGUCCAGUGCUGUUAAUAAAAAAUAUUCUGUACAGAAAUAAAAUUAAAAGCACUAGACACACUGCUAGAACCAUGAAUUUCCAAGAUCUGGGCUUUGGUUGACACACUGUAGCCUCCUCUUAUUUAAACAAGUAGAUUUAUUGAUUGAUUGGGUUUGCCAUCAGAUGGUAAAGGCUGAAUCUUAAAAUUAGUAUUAUAGUCAAAUAGUAUCAUUCAGAAUCUACACAAAGUAUACAAGAUGGAAUAAGUCGUGCUGAUUUCCAGAGCACUGAUUUUCACACAGUACCUGAGUCUUAGGCCCCUAUGAAUACAAGGAGGUAAGAGAAAGUCCUAUUAAAAUAAACUGGACUAAAGUGGGGAUGAUGGGUUAAAUAGGAUGUUUCUAAGGUACCCAACUUGUAACACUUAUCUUCUUAAGUAGGCAACUGAGCUUAACUGUGAUACCUAUGGAAACCCAACCAUCCUGCCAAAACAAUUCAAUCUUUUUCCAUUCUUGUUCAGAAGCUUUGUCUUUUGUGUGUAUACUAUAUGGCUACUUCUAUGAAACAGAAAUAGAGACUGUUCAGUACACUGGAAGAAAUGAUUAAUAUUAUUCUUAUCACAGUAGUCGUACUUUUCACCAUGUUGUAACUGUAUCUUUCUUUUGUUUAUUUGUUAGUGGUAGGAACUUUUCUUUCAGUUUUAAUAACACACCACU